CGUUAUCAUUCAACAAAAUAUUUUCGUACAGUACGGUUGUCUGGAAAAGCAAUCCUCUCGAAUUUUCUCGGUUUGUGAAAAGUUUAGUGAAUUUAAUUGAAAAAUGGCUCGUACCAAGCAAACUGCCCGUAAAUCGACUGGUGGCAAAGCCCCGCGUAAACAGUUGGCCACCAAAGCAGCUCGCAAAAGUGCGCCAUCCACUGGUGGUGUAAAGAAGCCCCAUCGCUAUCGCCCUGGAACUGUGGCUCUGCGUGAGAUUCGUCGUUACCAGAAGUCCACCGAGUUGCUGAUUCGCAAACUCCCCUUCCAGCGUUUGGUGCGUGAAAUUGCCCAAGAUUUCAAGACCGAUUUGCGUUUCCAGUCUGCCGCCAUCGGAGCUCUUCAGGAAGCAUCUGAGGCCUAUCUGGUAGGAUUGUUUGAGGACACCAAUUUGUGCGCCAUUCAUGCCAAGCGUGUCACCAUUAUGCCUAAGGAUAUUCAGCUGGCCAGACGUAUUCGCGGUGAGCGCGCCUAAAUUCUGCGUCUUCGUCAUCGACAUCUGCAGUGGCCGCCAUCUUUAAUUGGAAAAAUGGUAACAACAACAAAGACAGAAAAAUCGAAGCAGCGGGAGCGGAUGAUGAUAGAGAGGGAGAGAAGACAGAGUGGAAGUGGGAGAGAGACGGCAUUUACCGCCGCCGCUGUCGCCGCCGCUUAAUUUUAAGCUAACUUUACAUACAUACAUACAUAUAUAUCUUAUACUUAGGCAAAUAAGUAAAGAUCUACAAUUCUUUUUCCAAAUGUUUAAUAAAAACGAUUAAUUUAACACAAAA